AUGUAUUGUUCUUUCGUUUCUUUUGCGCUCUUGGGGCUGGCUGGGUUGACGACGGCAGCGGAGAAUAACCCGGAUGUCACUUUCCUUUACCCCGCAGGUCCAGGACUGGUUCUCAAUUAUAUGGACACGGUCAAUGUUACCUACACGUCGCCCUUUGCGCGACCUCUACUCUACACAUUCUGCAAGAAGCCAACAGUAAAUCGAUAUUCACAAGUAUGGCCUCAGCAUCCAUUGAUCAGGGGUAUAUCACUAAGUAUCUACCUCACAGAACUCAUCCAGCACGUCGCUCCAAAGAAUGGGUCAACACUUGUCCUCCUCGGCUGGUCUGAUGUAAACUCCUGCUACUUUGAUCUCCGACCUACGAACAAAGCAGGAAAUGGGUCCAACAGCAACUACUUCAGCGUCAUACCCACCGCUCGCACCUCCCCAAUCCUCGUCGGCCUCAACCAAAAUGGAACAACUACCCCUGCAGCACCAACCAACACCGUCACCAUAUCUCCAGAUUCCUCGGAAGUAAGCUCAGGAGGAGGAGGAGGAUUGAGCAGCGGCGCCAAAAUCGGAAUCGGCGUUGGUGUUGCGCUGGGAGUGGUUGUGCUGGGACUUGCUGUCGGUGCAUAUCUGUUGAGGAGAAGGAAACAGAAGAAGACGGAGGCGGGUAGACAAUUAUUGAAUGUGGAUAAUGAGAGUGCGAAGUCUGAGUUUGGGGCGGCUGGCCAGAAUGACCAGUUUGUGCAUAUGCAUCCGAUGGCUUCGGAAUUACAAGGGAAGAGUCCUGUUCGUCAGACGCCACAGGAAUUGCCUGGGGAUUCGGUUGUUGAGAUGGAUUCUGGUGACAGGACGGUAGGAGAAUUGAGUGCUGAGAGCGAAGUAGGAGAGGCACAUGGCAGAGGGAGGAAUCCAGGAGUCAGGGAUGUGGGAAAUACUGGUUGA